UUGGGUUGUUCUGUUUUUUUCUGAUAAUUUUAUUUAUGUAUGAUUUCCUCUGUUCUGCUUUGUAGUCUGUGAUCUGAAUCUUUGUUGGUUUGGAGGUUUAGUUUCAUGUGUUGGAGGCAAAGUUUGGAUUUUUAGGAUAUUAUCUUGAUAGCAAGUAAUAUAAUGUCUCCAUCAAUGAAAUCAAAAUCCAAGUCCAAGGAGAAGGGCUCUGCAAAGACAAGUAAGGAACAACAUAAGGGAGCAUUUCAAACUACAGAAACAUCAUUGGUUGCUUCUACUGCACAAGUUCAUGUAAAAAAUCUACACUUCCCAAAUACAUCUGAUACAGAUGAGCAUUCUAAUAGUCCUCAGGGAACAGCCUCUGAGUGUGAUUCAGUUUCCAACAACGGCAGCUGCUCUGGUGAAUCAGAAGACCCUAAGGAGAAAGCAACAAAUUCUGCUACGCGGUUGAAUGUUAUGCCUGGUUGUGAUAAUGACCGAAGGGAUAAGAUCCGCCUAAAGAAUGAGAGAAAGCACCAAAGGCAGAAGGAAAGGAGAGCUCAGGAGUUGCAUGAUCGAUGUGGCGAGUAUCUAAUGUUGAAGAAGCUAGACGCACUUGCAGAGAAGCUAGUGGCAAUGGGAUUCUCUUCUGAGAGAGCUACAUUGGCUUUAAAGUUAAAUGAUGGUAAAUUAGAGGAAUCAAUAUCAUGGCUGUUUGAAGGAGGUGAAGAAGAAUCACAAACCAAGAAAACUACAAAUCCGGAGGGUAAUUUGAAAAUUGACAUAGGUGAAGAGCUUGUGCAAAUUUCUGCUAUGGGGGUGAAGUACAAUUGUUCAAAUCAAGAGGUUGAGAGAGUAGUUGUUGCUUGUGAAGGUGAUCUUCAAAAGGCAGAAAAUACCUUAAAAUCUCAAAAGCUGAAAUCACCUGUGACCCAGUCAAAGUCACAGGAUUCUGCUGCAGCUUCAGUUUCAAUGCAACAGAAAGGGAAUGAGUGUGACUUUAACUAUUACAAGGUAGGUGGUGCUGAAUCUACUUCUCCAGAUCCUGGAAGCAGGAAUCUGCAGUCUCUCCAUUUGAAUCAUCCAAAUGAACUAACAGAGAAAAGAUGGGGAGUUACAGGAUCAAGCCCUUCUACUAUGUUAAAUAUGGCACAGUCUAUGCAAACAUUGUCUCCUUCUGUUAAAGUAGAGGCCUUACCUGGUUCCCUUAGGAAUGAAGGACGAAUGAUUCAAGGAGGAGUAAGAAGAGAGGCCUUAGUCAUGAUGAAGCAUCCACAACUCACAAAUCCCCAACAAAAUUCUCAGAUUUCCAUCAAUUCUUUACCUUUAGGGACAUCUGGUUGGUAUGUAAAUAGUACUCCACUUGUUGAGAAUGUAAGGUCCAAUGGGAAGUUACUGCACACUCACAUGGAGCAACUUUGUCAAGCUCCGUAUAAGGGUGGGUUCUAUAAUCCAAUGGGUGCAUCAUCACCUUCACCUACAAUUUCCUCUCAUCAUCAGGGCUUAUGGAGCAACAAUGCAUCUUCACUUGAACUAACAGUUCCAUCUUCCUUUGGACUUGUUUCUGGUCAUCAGAAUGCAGCUAGAACAUUCAGCUCACUUUCACACAUGGAUAGGAGUACUCGGGGCAUGAUGCCAGAAUUUGACUACAACAGCGUAGAUUGGAGUUUGGAUUGCACAUCAUCUUCCAAAUCAGGUGGAUUGUGGCCAGGGACGUCAUCAUUGUUGAGUAACAGUGAUGGAAAUAGAAUGGGAAGUUCCUACAUUACUGGAUUGCAAAAUGUUGGCAUGGCUAGGGAUUCUUCAUCUUCUGAUGGCUUGAGAGAGUGGACCUCUCCUUUUGCUGGGAAGGACAUGUUCAGUGUUCCUAGGCAGUUUGUCACCUCUCCUUCUCUGUAGUUGCAUAUCAUGGGAGUUAAAGGGAUGUGACUUAUAGCAUGUUUGGAGCAGCUUAUUUUUUCUAAGAAUCAAUUAUAGUAAUAUAGUACCCAACAACUACUCACACGAGCUUAUCCCAGUAUUGAUUUUGACUUCAUAAUCUAUUGUAAACAUGUUAUUAUUCUAUGUAGUCCUUGGAAUGACUUGUCUUGAUAACUGUUUCUGGUUUUUUAGUGAAAUCAUCUUCUAAUUUGUGGUCUA